CAAGGGAUAAAAACAUUUAACAGUUCUCAAUUUUAAGACAGUAAUGUUCCUGCAUGCAUGCAUGGAGGCAUGCAAAACAAAUAUUAAAAGAAGGCACAUAGUAUGGCAUGUUAAUUAGUGAAUAGUUUGGUGAGGAAAAGGAAACUAAUUUGAAAAAGGUCUGAUUCAAAAGAAAAAAAGGAUUGAGAAACAUCUAAUACCAAAGGCUAUUAAUAAUCACCAAUCCAAUGGCAACUUCUCCCUUUUCCAUAUGAGAUAGGGCCUUAAAAUAGAUGAAAGAGAGAGAGAAAUAAAAUAGUGGUGUUGUGUUUAAUUUUGUUGUGUGGUGCAGAUGAUAAUGCAGAGAUAGAAAUAGCUUAGGCUCAUUCCAUUAAAUAAAACAUCCGGGUCUGUGUUUUGUGUUGUAGGAAUCGGAGAGUCCCAAGGAAAAAAGUUUCAGAAAACAGACAAAAAAAUCACAAUGGUUUCCUUAGACUCUCUCGAUUUCUUCCUCUUCCGUGUCAGCACAGAUUUCUCAUCUCCUCUGGCCAUUUUCGUUCAGGCGCAGGGAUGUUUAAUUUGCCUAAUCCUUGCUUUAGGGUGGGCCUGUGCUUCAUUUGUCAGGAACAGAGAAAUAAAUAGAAUAAAGAAGAGUAUGCGGAAUGGCAAUAACUUUGCAUUCCUCUGUCAUGAUAUUAAUGAACUUGAACAUUCCAAUCAGAUUGAUCUUCCUAGAGUAACAGUAAUUAUGCCCCUAAAAGGAUUUGGAGAACACAAUCUCCAUAACUGGAAGACUCAGUUAACAUCUCUUUACGGUGGCCCUCUAGAAUUUCUUUUGGUGGUUGAAAGUGUAGAGGAUCCAGCAUACCAUGCUGUAUCUAAACUAAUAGCAGAUUUAGAGGGUUCUGUCGAUGCUAGGAUUAUAGUAGCUGGUUUGUCAACAACUUGUAGUCAAAAAAUUCACAAUCAGUUGGUUGGAGUAGAGGCAAUGCACAAAGAAAGCAAGUAUGUGUUGUUUUUAGAUGAUGAUGUUAGGCUACAUCCUGGAUCAAUUGGAGCACUCGUUAGUGAAAUGCAAAAGAACCCUGAUAUAUUUAUUCAAACCGGAUACCCUCUUGAUUUGCCAUCUGGAAGUCUAGGAAGUUACUGCAUCUAUGAAUACCAUAUGCCGUGUUCAAUGGGCUUUGCCACUGGUGGACAAACAUUCUUUUUGUGGGGAGGGUGCAUGAUGAUGCACUCUGAAGACUUUAGGAAGGAUAACUGUGGUGUAGUAUCAGGACUUAGAGACGGUGGAUAUUCUGAUGACAUGACUCUAGCUGCCAUAGCCGGGGCUCACAAGAAGCUCAUUAGUUCUCCAGCGGUUGCCGUCUUUCCUCACCCCCUUGCAAGUGAUCUUAAUUUUGGAAGGUACUGGAAUUAUUUGAGGAAACAAACAUUUGUUUUGGAGUCAUACGUUACCAGAGUCAACCAAAUAAUGAACCGUGCAUUGUUUGCUGUUCACUGUUAUUUGUCAUGGGGAUUUGUAGCACCAUACUGCAUGGCAGUGAUUCAUGUUGCAGCAGCACUAAGGUUUAAAGCCAGGGGAAACUCAAUUGAAGAAUUAAGCUACUCUUCCAUUGGGUUAAAAAUGGUGUGGCUCCUAGUCGCAUGCACUUUUGUUACGCUUUUCUCAAUGUGGAACCUGACAAGGAUAGAAGUUCUACUUUGCAACAUAUUGUCCCCAGAGGCACCUCCACUUUCUCUGACUUCUUAUAAUUGGUGUAAAGUAUUCAUUGCAAUGCUGGUGGAUAACUGUCUAUACCCUGUAUCUGCAAUUCGUUCUCAUUUUUCCCAAUCUAUCAAUUGGUCUGGCAUUAUAUACUACUUGAAAGAUGGAAAAAUCAGCAAGAUAGAGAGAUUACCAAAAAGGCAAGAUGUGGCACCAGUUUUCACAGACUUGGGAGGAAAACAUUUGUAUGGAAGGAAAGGAAUGCCUACAAGAGGCUCGUUCCUCAAUUCUUUAUCUAAAUGUUUGUUCCAAUGGCGUCAACCAAAGAGAUCUGAGUAACCAAGAAAUAGCUUCAUUCAGCAUACAAAGUUUUUGUCCAUUUUGUCUUGUGUCUCUGCCCCUAAAUUUUGAGGCACAAUGGCUCCUACUUUUGAAGCAAGGGUUUUGGCAUAUCAAUUAAUAUUGCCAAUUGAUUCAUAUUUGAUCAACCCUUCUUCCAUAAACAUGUAUUUUUAACGACACAUUCAAUCCCAUGUAAUUUUCAGCUCCAUUGUAAAAAUUCAAUCUGCAGUUUAUGAACAACCAAGAAUUGCUAAACAAAUUCAAUAUGGCAUUCACAUUCGAUCUUUUAAUUCCAUUUCUCCAUCACAUGCAGUACAUUAUUUUGUAACUUUUCCCUAAAACAAUGUUCCAUUUUAAGAUUUGGGCAGAUCAAAAUCACGGACCAGGCAUUUUUAAAAUUCAAGUCUGGCUGCUGAAAUUAAUGAUUAAACCAUAAAUGCAGAAUUUCUAAAAUCUGAAAAAUAAAAUACAAAUAAAGUAAGAAAAACAAAAUCGUGGAUAAUAAAGUACCGAUAUUUUAAUUUAGCUUAAUAUUUUUAAUGAUGAAAAGAAGGGGAAGGCUCAAUUUUUGCUGUUACUGCGCGCACAAAGACAGGAGAAUACAAAUGAUUUCAUGCCCAAUUAUAUCAAAACCAUGCAUUCCAACAGCAACAACUGAAUUACUGUCUAAUGAAGAUGAAUGAUCAGACAAGCAGUGAAAAUUUGGGGAGAUAACAAGGAGUAAAAUGUUGAAAUUCUCAAAUCAUACAUCUUUUGAACAUUAAAAUUGUAGAGCUACUGACUAGGCUAUUGUCCCAAAUCUCCAAUGUAGAAGUCUUCAAUCAUGUCAAAUACUCGAGUUGCGUGCUGUGGUC